UACUGCCACUUGCUUAUGCCAUUGUUGAUUCAGAGAAUGAUGCAUCUUGGAGGUGGUUUUUUGAGCAAUUCAGAGACACAUUCGGUCAAAGAUUAGAGAUGUGUAUCGUUUCCGAUAGGCAUGCAAGCAUUAUUAAGGCAGCUUCGAGAGUCUAUGAUGAAGUACCUCAUUUUGCGUGUAUGUGGCACUUACUGCAAAACAUAAUGAAAUACUUCAGAAAAAGUCAGCAAAGGGUAACUGAGUUGUUCUACUCUAUGGCAAAAACAUACACCAUGACAAAAUUUAAUCAAUGUAUGACAAUAGUUGAGAAAAUAGAUAAGAGGAUCAAAUAUUACUUGCUGAACAUUGGAUACAACAAAUGGUCGCGUGUGCAUGCUGAAGUAAACAGAACUUGGAUGAUGACGUCAAAUAUAGCAGAAUCAGUCAAUUCAAGAACAAGACAUGCCAAAGUUCUUACAGUCUUACACCUCUUGGAGUUCAUGAGACAGCUUGUCCAGAAAUGGAAUAACAAUAACAAAUCAAAGGCGACAUUUUCAGGUUUUCACCUUGGGAAAAAGUAUGAAAAUAUAUUGCGGCGCAAUAAAAUUGCAUCAGAGAAAUUAAGGGUAUGCUUGAUCUGUAAAUUAUUUUUGCUAAUAUUUUUUCUUCUGAUUCAUAUCUAA